CUUGCUCGCGCCCUGCUGAGAGCGAGCGUGCGCGCGGGGUAUCAUGGUGGACAGACAGAAGACCGGCUAAGACUGAGAUCCCGGAGGAGACGCGCUGUUCGCCCGAUUUCCGAGGCUUCGGAGCUCAGAUAAUUUAUUUAAAAUAACCUACUUGGCUCCCGGCACACGUGUUAUUUCUUUUAUCGUCCCAGGUUUCUGUAAACCGACGCCCUGGAACGCCCAAAAAUGCCCAAUAUUAAGAUUUUCAGCGGUAGCUCUCACCAGGACCUGUCUCAGAAGAUCGCCGACCGCCUCGGGCUGGAGCUGGGCAAGGUUGUCACGAAGAAAUUUAGCAACCAGGAGACCUGUGUGGAGAUAGGGGAGAGUGUGCGCGGGGAAGACGUGUACAUCGUGCAGAGCGGCUGCGGCGAGAUCAACGACAACCUGAUGGAGCUGCUGAUCAUGAUCAACGCCUGCAAGAUCGCCUCGGCCUCCCGCGUCACCGCCGUCAUCCCCUGCUUCCCCUACGCCCGCCAGGACAAGAAGGACAAGAGUCGCGCGCCAAUCUCAGCCAAGCUGGUCGCCAACAUGCUGUCUGUUUCUGGAGCAGAUCACAUCAUCACCAUGGACCUCCACGCCUCCCAGAUACAGGGCUUCUUUGACAUCCCGGUGGACAACCUGUAUGCUGAGCCGGCCGUGCUAAAGUGGAUCAAGGAGAACAUCCCCGAGUGGAAGAACUGCACCAUCGUGUCUCCAGACGCAGGGGGCGCCAAAAGGUUUUUCUUU